AUGAGUCCCCGUAUAUGCUCGUGCACUCUUUGUGGGUGGGUCGUUGUCGAUGCACCGGGCAAUAUCUCAUGGUUGAAUCAGUUUCGGGGUCUCUCUUCCAGCUCAAGAGGCGUUAUCCUCACGGGCGUUGGCUUAUACGAUGAUCCGGGAAGUGGCGCAUUUAUCGCCCCAGUCGACCCCAACCGUCGAUGGGACGACUCGAACUACGAUAGUCCAGAGGAGGAUCAAUUUGGCGCCAUGGGCUAUAUGGAAGUCAACGGAAGACACGGUUUUAUUUUCCACGAAGCCUGCUGGGAUCUCCUAGAGAUCGCCUUCCGUCCGGGCCUGGUGCCACUGUUGAGACUAUUCGACGUCUGCGACUCACUCCCAUUUCCGCUCAAUGGUGUGAGUAUCAGCUGGGGCCACGACUAUGGGGGGCCGGUUUUCGUUGAUGAUGACCACCAUUUUCCGUGGGAGGACCGAUUUUCCGACCGAGAGUACAUGGAGCCCGAUCCUGUUUUCAGCACAAAUCCGUACGAGGUCCAAGAGGUGCAACAUGUGCUCACUGAAGCCCCCGAAUCACCGCCAAGUCCAAUACGUCCUUUUUCCAACGCAACAACCCCAGGGCUUGACCGCUUUCAUGCACUUCCUGAAGAGCUCCGGUCAGUGAUCGCCAUUCAUUUACCGACAGUGGAUGUGUUGAACCUUCGCCUAGCCUCACGUCCAUUCUGGACGAUAUUCAACAGCCAACAAUUCUGGGCCUCAAGAUUCAAAGACAGUUCAGACCGCUCAUGGCUUUUUGAAUCCCAGGACAGUCCGCAGCCUCGGGAUUGGAGAUGGUUGUAUCGACGAACGAACAACGCGCACAUAGGUCCUGGCUUCCAGAACAGAGUUCGUGUGUGGAACCUGGCUCAGAAGCUCGUGGCGGCUCUGGAUUUCCGCUGGAUCGUGAACGAUUUAAACCCUUCUCCAGAGAAGGUCUCUGCUCAGUGCAUCGAGGUGUCUGGCGAGCUGUGGGAGCACCCGGUCGGGGCAGGGCACGCCCUCUUCAACAAGGGCUGUCUUCUUCAAAAAACCUACCGCCUCGCCAUCCCUGAAAGCAUAUUGCGGCUUUCUGUCUGGUCCAUCCCAAUAGGAGACAUGAAGUAUGUCGCUGGACUGAAGUUCACCACUGCUACGGGCGAUGUUCAUCAAAUCGGGUACCGAACUCCAGCCGAACAGUCUGUGGAAAUUUCAGACAUACGCGGCUUCAAGUUAGCUGUGGGGGAGAGGGGAAUCCAAGCUUUGCAAUGCAUCAGCGAAAGAUCCGGAACAUCUCACUGGGUUGGCAGUCCGGAGGCGUCGCCCAAGACGCUGCGUCUGGAUGUAGGUGAACGUCUUCGCGAACUUGAUUUUGGGUUCGAUGGCUGUAAAAUAGUCAGUCUAGCUGUUUCCUCCCAGGUGGGGUCGCCUGCGAAACUAGCAGAUGACGAGGACAGGUUGAGAAAAGCAGGGAUAUGGUACCCUGCUAUACCGGGACCAAACCUCUGCUUGAACGAGGCUUCAUUCCCCCCGAGGGAGCAUUAUUUAAACGGAUACAAACCACUAUUUUGGACUUCUUUCGGCGGUCCAGGUGGCAUUUACCUUCGAAACCUCACCAAUCUCAGUGUCAUCUGGGGCGCCUGCGGCAUACGUCGCGUCGACUUUGCAUACGACAUUACAGUACCACCUGAGCAUCGAGCGUUUGGUUGCGAGAUGUCUGGAGAGUGGACCAAAGAAAUCAACUUCGCGAUUGACGGCGCGGGAGGCGAAUUCAUCGAUGCUAUCGAAGUUUUCCAGCAUCAGUAUCAACCCAAAGAAGGUUACACUUGGAUGGUCGAGGAGGGAGUUAUAGUGGCAUUCAAGGUGUCCACGAAUCGAGGGAGAUCUUGUUUCUUCUCUUUCCUUUCCGAUCCGCCGAGCAGUAUCCCUUUCAGAGUGACCACAGCUCCUGGACAGGCUAUCACUGGGUUCUACGGAAGCCAGCGUCCCCACGACGGCAGUGGCAUUUCAGCAUUGGGUAUCAUCUCCGAAGUGAUCAAGGGGGAAUGA